CCCCACGCCACCCUACUCGCCCAACGCGAAUAUUCAGCAGCCUUCAACGAUAACUCCAAGCGCUGCAACUAGAUCCUUCCACGUCCCUUCCCUUUCACACCUCCCCUCCCUAUUUAUACUUCCUUCUUCUGAACUCCCUUCUCAUCUCCUGUGCUCUGCAAAACCCUCUCUCUCUCUCUCUCUCUCUCUCUCUCUCUCUCUCUCUCUCACACACACACACACACACACACACAAACACACAUCAAUGGCGUCCGAGUCUGAGACCCAGUCAUCAGUAACCUCAAGCCCAACAAUUCACGAGCUCAUGAACGGAGACCGUCCCCUCCCUUUCCUCGUCGGCGUCGCAACCACUUCUCCGCCGGAAGGAGAACCCGGCACUGAAUUGUCCAAUCAGACUCAGACCCCCGACCGGGUUUUCAUCUACAACCCCUUCAUGCGAUCGGUGGCCGUCUUCGACGCGCCCGAGUCGGAGGAACUCGACGAACUGAUGCGCGAGCUGGAGCGCAGGGGCGCACCAGGUCCGGCCUCGGAGGUCUCCAUUAAUGCCAUGCCGUCGGUGAAGGUCGCGGAGGACGGACUGUGUCCAAUUUGCCUGGGGGCUUGGAAAUCCGGCGACGAAGCGAGGGAGACUCCGUGCAAGCACGAGUUUCACGGGGAAUGCAUAGAGAAAUGGUUGGGAAUCCGGGGGUCGUGCCCGGUCUGCAGAUUCGAGAUGCCUGUGGACCAGGAGCAGCACAAGAGGAUAUUUACUGUGGGCGCAGAGGGCCGGAGAGUCAGGGAGAUAUGGGUGAGGUGGGUGUUUCACGACGAUCAGAUGGAUCUGGAUUCGGAUCUGGAUAGUUUGAUCGAGGCUUUGGAGUCGGGUCCGGAGCAGGACGACGCUGCUGCGGUUGAGGAAUUGUCAACACCAGAAGAUAUGGAGUGCUCUGCCGAGUAAUAAAUUCCUGGAAGAAAUUGGAUAAUGUUUCCCCAUUUUUUUUUCCCCUUUUGCGCUUUUGUUGUCAUCAUCGUUUUCCGAUUUGAACAGCGAUGCAGAAGUUUAAGGUGUUUUUUUCAAUGCAAGUUAUUUUUUCAGUGUGCUGAAA